CACCUCUUCCAGGCAACAAGCACAGGAGGCUGAGCGAGGAUCUGCCAGUGGGUGACACGGCCAACUGAGCAGGAGGACAAGAGCGGGAAGCUGCCAGGACUGCACGAGGAGGAGGAGGGAUGCUGGGAGGCCAGGCUUGGCAGCUGUGGUGGCCAGCACUGCCACUGCUUGUACUUCAGCAGGCCUCCGCUUGUAUGAACCUUACCUGUUUUGCUGACUACAUCCAGACCCUGACCUGCACGUGGGGAAGUGACCUCCAUGCCUCCAGCAGAGCUCUGUACAAUAUCACAGCAAGGUGGAACUGUGGCGAAGGAGGCAGCUGCCCCCUCCUGCCUGCCCCCUCCAGGAAUGGCACCCAUUUGCAAUAUGCCUGCUUUGCAGAGCAGCACCUCUGCUUUGGCAACAACUUCUUUGACGUGGAGAUAACAAAACGGGUGAAUGAGUCACUCCUGGUAUGCAGUAAGAACUUUGUCUUCCAAGAAAACAUAAAGCCACAUCCACCUUUCCACCUGAUGACUGCUGCAUCCCCCACUGGCUACAACAUCUCCUGGGAGACCAAGUACCAGCACCAAGAAUACAACUACUUGAAUGGAAAGCUGCAGUACCAGUUGCGGUACAGGCAAAGGGGCCACCCCUGGCAGGGACAGCGGCAGAAGCUUCUUCUGCAGGACGCACAGACCACGUGGCUGUUGCCCCGGGAGUUUGAGGGAGAUGCGGAGUAUGCGCUGCAGGUGCGAGCCAGGCCCAGGGAAGACUCCUCAUACCGGGGUGCGUGGAGCGACUGGAGCCCCGAGGCUGCCUUGAGGACUCUGCCGCGCAAGGCCUCGGGGGCCGGAGGAGUGGCCGGGUGGCUGGUGCUGCUGCUGCUGGUGCUGGGUCUGUCUGCCGUGCUCGUGGCCUCGCUGGGCAGGCCCCGGAGGUUGUGGAAGAAACUGGAGGCAUUCGUCCCCAGCCCCGCUCCCUUUUUCCAGCCCCUCUACCUGAGCCACAACGGAGACUUCAAGAAGUGGGUGGGCAGCUCCUCCUGCUCUGGGCCAACACUGGAUGCCUUUGAGUGGAGCACAGCCCUGCUGGAAGUGUUUGGCAUCAGUCACAAGCACCUUCCCUCAAGCCCUGCCAAGGGGGAGCAGAGCGAUGGCCAGGAGGCUUUGCCGGCAACUUCCACUUCCCAACUGCCUGGUGGCAGCCAGGACCCCACCCAAGAGCAGGCCUAUGGCCAUCUCUCCAUUGAGACGGUCACAGUGGCCGGUGAUGAAUUUGCCACCUGCUGCUGCCCACGGUGCAACAGCGGUGCCAGAAUAUGCUGUGCUCUGGAGCAGCAGGAGGAGGAAAGCGAGAGAGAUGCCUAUCGUGGCAUACACUUUUAUGUCGGCGGCAGCAGUGGCCAGAUCUCCAGGGAUGUGCUUCCACCGUCACAGGGAAAGCCUUUUCCUUCUGCCUCAGGGUCCUGGCCAGGAGGAGACACCCUCCUCGACACUCUCCCUGCUGUCUUCCCACAAGCUGGAGGCUCCCUGGGCAGAAAAUCUAGGGACGGUGCAGAAUCCUUUGGCCUCCAGCCUUUGGAGCCCUGGGGCUUGGAAGGCCUCUCCUCUCUGGAGGAGGACUUGUGUUCCUAUGGCGGCCUGCUCUCUCCUGACUUGGAUGCUGACAGUGACCUCGCAAGUGGCCUGGAUCUGGAUACCAUGGACAGUGGUUUUGCAGACUGUGACUGUGGAAGCCCCGUGGACUGUGAGUUUAACCAAAGGAGGCACUCGGGCUGUGGUUCCGAAGAGCCCAUUGCUGUCAAAAGUGAAGGAAAAAGGGAAGCCUUCCUCCCCAGCUAUGUCAAGCAUUGGGUCUCCUGCCAGAGCAGAGCUCAGCCAAGUUAAAGUCUGGGGGGGGGAGAGGCAGGGCUUGAGCACACUCUGUCCCCCCCCCAUGCCUGGCUUGGAAUCUCUGCUACCUCCUGCCCAGCAACCAGGGAGACUUCCUUUGCUGCCCCUUCCUGGUUGGCAUUUACUUCCAGGAAAUCUCCAUUUCCUCCUCAGCAAAGUUUUCUUUCUACUUGAGGAAGUUCAUCUUUUUAGAAAGAGGCUGUGAACUCUUAGAAUGAAUGAAUCCCUCUGAGAAGGGGGGAGGGUCAGCCACAGAAUAGCACUUCAGUGCCAGGCUUCAGGGUGUUAGGUAAAUGUGUAUAUUUUAGCAGAGAUCGUCAGCAGUCUGAGCUGUGUGUGUGCCCGUGUGUGCGUUUACCUAAGUGGCGGGCUUUUACCCUGCAUUGGGAUCACUGAGACUUAAGACUUAGAAAAAUAAGAAAAGCUGCUUUAUUUAUAGAAAUACAUAGGAAAGGUGUACCUAGUCCUAACUAACUAAGUUGGAGGCGCAACACCCAGGUUUGGGAGUUGCCCUCAUGGCUCAGGAGGGAGAGAGCAGAGACAAAGGUGUCUCCUCUCUCUCAGACAGUCAAAGAAGAGAAGAGAGGAAAGGGUGGAAGGAGGCAGGGCAGAGAAGCUUCCCUUAGGAGGUAUCAGUCUAGCGACGGAAGGAAGUGAGUCAGAGCAUCAAAGGUAAAGGUAGUCAAGACUAGCCAUCUGGAGGACCCUCACUCUAUCUCCCUUCUGGAACAUAAACAAAGGAACAAAACAGGAGUUGCUCUUGCCCCACUUCCCUCACAGGGGUGUGGGUCAGGUUUGAUAUGCACCAUGGUGAGGAGAAAAACCAUGUCCUUAAAGGUUGCACCAGAGGGACAGCCCUGAAGAGCAGGACUUUGUGCUAUUACUGCUGCAGCAGCAGUUCUACGGGAAGCUACACUGCGCCGUCCCUCAUAGCCUUCAGCUCAGCACACCAGCCCCCCUCCCUCUUUCCUUACCCUUUCCCCUCUGUUUAGACCGUGGGCCUUGGGCAGGGCCCUGUUGUGGCUGUGGUUUUGGUAAAGUGCUUAAUAAAUAAGGUACUGUUGUAG